AUGGGGUUCUCAACGCUCUUUGUAUUUGCUCUCCUCGGAUAUGUAUCAGCGGCACCGUGGCGAUGCUACCGUACCGCCUGUGGGGCCACCGUAUGCAUUGGAAAGCAAGGAGAGCCCUGCAUCUCUCCACCGUCGAUAUGCAUUCCGCGGCUAGUCCCACCUUGCGUCGGACCUGCCCUCGUGUACACACCACCACCACCGUGCCCCGAACCCUGCCCGCCGUGCCCCGAACCCUGCCCACCGUGCCCCGAUCCUUGUCCACCGUGCCCUGAACCUUGUCCACCGUGCCCUGAACCUUGUCCUCCGUGCCCUGAACCUUGUCCUCCGUGCUCUGAACCUUGUUUCGAACCAAGCCCACCGUGUUAUACUCCGUCGCCUUGUUAUUAA